GGGAAUAUUUUUUUUUUUCAAUCUUUCUCUUCACACAUAUCUUUUGUCAUUGAAACAUAGAUAACAAAGGCUUAAAAAAUGACGAAUUGGUGAAUGAGCAAGAAGGCUUUCAGCAAUGCUUCUAACACAAUAGUGUAGACGAUUUUAUUUCUGGAACUUUAUUUUAACCCAAACACGUCAAAGCCAGAAUAAAUUAAAAAAAAAAGUUUGCAGAAAAUUAAUGAUUAUGCUUGCAAAUUGGAAUAACGCAGUUACAGAAAGACCUUAGAAGCUAUCGAACAAAUAUGUCAAUUUUACGCCAAAAAAGGUAUCCAUUCUCGUCGCAACAAAUAAGAAUUACAAAAUUUGCCUCAAUGAAAAUUGAACUGUUGACAAUCAUAGCCUCGCAGAAAGGAAAAUAAUGAAUGUCAAUGAAACAGUCAAUGGAAGUAUGAACAAUAAUGCACCCCCCCCCUUAGUGUCAAAAACUGCUCGUGUCGAAGAUUACGCGAAAAAUGUAAGAAUAACUGUAGUUUGCUUUAGUUCAUUUGAGUCAGGACAUCCCUCAGGAAGUAUCUUGAAGCGCCCACUUUGUCAUUUUGAAAGAAACACUGCAAAGAGGCAUUCCACUAAUUGUGCAUUGGCUCGAUGUUCUCCAAAAGUAUACUGCUUAUUGCUGCAUGGCUUUGUCUUAAAGUGCAGCUUCGACUGGUGGGAUCAUCCUGUCCAUUAUGACAAUACCUGCCUCAAUCAUUAUGAGACUGCGUUUGGGCUACAUGUCGUACUAAAAGCCAUUGCAAGUGAGUUUUAUCAGGCAUCUGCUCUGAAGUUUUCUAUUGAAGCUUUUUCCAUUCAUGGCCUAAUGUACCGAAUAAGUAAAAUUCAACAGAACAACAUUCACGAUAAAGUACCUCAUCUCUUACAGGGAUUAUUUCGUAAUUUCCAGAGAGCCCAUCAGAGUUUCCUUCAAGAAAACUAUCUGAUAAAAACUUACUUCGAUGAAUAUAAUAACUCUAAUAGUUGGAAGAAUCUCACUACUGAUUUUGGACAAUAUGGGAGAGUUAAUACAUUGCAAAUAAUGUUGAAUACUGCUAUCGUACUUAAGGCUCAAUAG